ACUACUUCGGAAACACUGACAGGACUACUGGUGCCUUUCGCAGGUCACCUGUUCCCGAAUGGGCGAUGUGUGAAGACAUUGGUAGUUAUUGGCCGGUGCCUUUCGUAGGUUUCCUAUUUCCUGUUCCCGAAUGGGCGAUUUACGAAGAUAUCGGUGCCCUUUCGUAG